AUGGAGAAUAAAAAAUGGUCGCCACCGGCACAGCAAGGCGUCCCAGAAACAGGUGGUGGUAUUCCGACUCCGAAAGAGACUACUUUAUUGCGCCUAUCCCAGCAGAGGCGGCCCCGUACAAGCACCGAGAAGGUCCGAACGGGAUGCAUCACCUGUAAGCGUCGCCACAUCAAAUGCGACGAAGCAAAGCCGCAUUGUAACAACUGUCUCAAGAGCAGAGGGCAUUGCGAAGGAUACGCCAGCGGAGGCAAUAAGAAGACGAAACCUUCUGGCCCGGCGCAGAUCAUCUGGAAUGCGACGCAGGUCGUUCCUGCGGUAGGGCGAACAGUACCGCUGUAUAUUCAACCAGACUCUCCCCAUUCCCAUGAUGGGGAUGCGGAUAUGCGCUACUUUGAUGAAUUCAUAGCCAUGAUCCAGGCGCCGUGGGCCACUGCGGCUUCCAAUGGUGAUUUAUGGACAUCGGCUAUGCCUCAGCUUGCACAUGGCACGCCAACCCUUCGCUAUGCUGCCAUGGCCAUAGGUGCCUUGAGUAAAUGGAUCGGCCAGACAAAGUCUGGCCUGCUCCGUGUCAUGAUAGUACCGAGUACUCUAUCUACACAAGCAGACACUCAUUAUUUCAACGCCGUCGCCUAUUACUGCCGUGCGUUAAGGCUACAGAAUCAGCAAGCUUCUUUGCAAGACGCUGUAUUUCUGUCGGUGCUGCUACUUUUCUUUGAAGUUCUCCGCGGUAAUCGAAAGGCCGCUUUGGAUCACAUCAACCACGGCCUAGCCCUGCUCCUCAUCCUCACAACUGAUGACGAUACACAGAAUCAUGUGGCCAAAUUCGCCCCGAAUCCAUUACCAGUAAUCAGCUCAGUAGCAGACGUAUUCACGUAUCUCGCACCCCAGGCCCGCCUAAUCUUACGCGGCAAAUUCGGGCACAGCCCGCCAGCUCUUCCGAACUUCCUGAAGGGACUAAAGAAACAAAAGCAAACAAUGGAGUCGUUUAUGGUCUUACUGAGUCAGGUCUCUCAAUCUUCUCCAAUCAUGGACCGUAUCCCGACAUCAUUUACAAGUCUUGACGAAUUCGAGCAGCUAUGGAUCUCGUUUCAGCGUGAACAGACAGCCAUAGGUCUAAUAAUGGAGGAGAUCAUUCAUGAGACCAAAACGGUUGGGACAACGACCGAGGAAUUCCCCGACACUUUCCAUCUGAAAAUCAUCGGGGACUUUCGAAUAAGAGAGUUUUGUGCAGGCUCCAGAGAGGUGUUGGAAGCAUUUGAAAGGGCAUUUCUUCCGCUUUUCGACAAGAUCAUGAUGUCUGACCCGGAGUCGGCUACAUAUCUACGGGCUAUUCACUUGCGGUUGCAGCAUCUAGGCAUGUACAUCUUUGUGAACCCACCAAUAUUUCUUGAUAUGGAGUUGCUUCAAGCGCAAACUCCAUCGUUCCGAGAAUAUCUCUCCCUGGCCGAGGUUCUCCUGCGCACGGCUAGGCGGCAAAGCAAGAACCCAGCUCAUCAAUUGUCGUUGCAGUGCGUGUUGGCAAUGCAUUUGCUGACUGUGGCCAUGCAUUGCCGUGACCCUUUGGUGCGUGAGCAGGCCGUGUGGAUGCUCAGAGAUUAUCCUGGCCAGGAUGGACUGUUCAACACGCAUGCCAUGUAUGCAAUAGCUGUGAAGAACCGCACUGUGGAGAGUAAAAACGCAACUGAAGGAACACCCGACGAGCAGUUGCGGCGGCUGUGGCGCCGCGAGUUUAUCUUUGAAGACGGUGGCGAUCGGGUCGUCUUCCGUUAUAUGGAUAAAGAUGAUGGUGCGAAUGCAUGGCACCUUGUAGAGGAGGUAGCUGAUGUACAAAAUGAUAUUGAAGACAUGGAGUGGACACAGCGUGUACCAUCCGCAAGUGUGGUGCCGCUGAUAAUUGAUCUUUACUCUACUUGA